AUGUACGAGCAGAAGACCGCUCAAAAUAAAACCUCAGUUAUCCGACAAUUGGUAAACCUCAAGUACAAAGACGGUCGAAGUGUUACCGAGCAUCAUAAUGACUUCCAAGGUUUGAUCAACCAGUUGACGAAUAUGCAGAUGGUGCUUGAUGAUGAGUUACAAGCACUAGUGUUACUCAGCUCUUUGCCUGAUAGCUAG